AUGGGGGAGUUGGCAGCCGCCUUCGAGCCACUGCGCAGCUUCCAUCGGGCCGCGACCGGGCGAACUUUGCUUCUUCGCACUGCGCGAAUCGAGCUCCAGCAUUGGCGGGCGAGUGCCAUGAAUGCCGAGUGGCCCGGCCCGGAAGUGAUGUUGCUCAUCAACAACCUGGCGGGACCAACCAUUGUCUCCAUGCCUGCCUUAGCGCAGCAAGCCGGCUGGCUCCCACUCUUCGGCGUGCAGGUGGUGGUGGCGGCCUUUUCCUCUGCUUGUGGCUACAUGCUCAUCGAAGCCAUGCGAUGUAUGCCAGGCAACCAUUGCUUCGAGCAGACCAUCGAGUUCACGAAUCUGGCCUCCUUCUACCUUCCCUACGAGAUGUAUGUGGCGACCAUGGUGUGCUACCAUGUCAACUCCAUCCUCAACCUGAUGUCCCUGAUCAUUCAGUCCGGUCAGGUCAUGGACUACAUCAUGCUGAACGUCUACGGGUGCGCCCCUGGAAUUCAGCUCGGCUUGGGAGUGAAGUAUGUGUGCGGCACUCGGAAAGACUCGGCCACACCCUUCGGCGACAGCUUGGUGCUUUCAAGCUCCAUGCUGGCCGUUGCCCUCAUCUGCGCCCCCUUUGCCGUCCGAAAUCUGGACGACAAUGUUAUCCUGCAGUAUCUGGCCGUAAUUGGCUUGAGCGUGAUGUCCGUGAUCUGGAUAUCCCUCCUGGUAGCUGAGCCGACGUUUCCCUCGCCGGUGCCCGUGGUGACUACUGCGCAGUCCUCCCUUAUCGGCACUGUCCUGUUCAACUUCGCCUUCACCAGUGCGCUGCCCUCGUGGGUGAACGAGAAGAAGUCGGAGGUGUCAGUAGGAGCAACUUUCUGGACUGUCAUGGUCUAUGUUGUUGUCACCUACACGGUGAUCGGUGUGAUCGGCGGAAUGGCCUAUCCACCCUUCUACACCACAGAUGAGCACUUGUUCAGCAAGCUGAACGCAGGUGGCUCUCGUCUGGGUCAGGCGACUGUGGCUGCCUACCCAAUGCUGCAGAACGUCACCUCAAUUCCGGUAUUGGCCAUCCUCAUUCGCAGCAACCUUAUCCAGGGAGGUCUCUCAUCGGUCACCGCCACCUUCAUUGCCGUGGGCUUGCCAUGGCUCAUGAGUAUCCCUCUGUACACGGGCAGCGGCUUCGAUACCAUCUCCGAAAUAGGUGGCUUGGCCACCUCGUCGAUUAUCAACUUCAUGGUGCCUCUGAUCAUGUACGUCGUGGCAGUGGGCCGUCGAAAGGAGCGAGAAGAGCUGCUGAGCCAGUCCGCCUUGGCCAUCUCGAUAUUUCUUCCUGCCGUUGGCUUGAGCACGCGUGUUUGUGCUGCCCUGACGGGAGCACUGGUCCGAGCAGGGGCUCAAGCUCCGACUCUCCUGGAGGAUGCUGUGGCGAGCCGGCUGCAGCCAAACGUGAGGCACUUGGGCGCAGCCAUGUCGGCCACCUCGCGCACCUCGCUGUGGACCCAGGCACUGGGCCUCUUGCACUCCUGGCAUGUUCGCCGCCUUUAUGCAGACGCUAUCGUGUACGGCAUCGCGGUCAACGCUUGUCGAAAAGGCUCCGCAUGGAAGGAAGCGCUUCAAGUGCUGAGUGACAUGGAGGCUGCAACCGUGCAGAAGGACGUGAUAACCAUGAACACCUGCUUGCACGCCAUGGUGGGUGCGGCUAAAUGGCGUAGGGCACUUUCAGCCUUUCAGUCGAUGGUGGAUCUUUCCCUGGCAGAUGUUGUGUCCUUCACGGAGGGUUUGGUCGCGUGCGGGACUGUUUCGAGGUGGCAACAAGCCAUCGCGUUGUUGCGCCAGGCCGAAAACAUGGCUGUGAAGAUUGACGCCCGAAGCUGCAACUCCGCCAUGGCUGCCUGUGAUGGUGCAUCCUGUUGGACCAUCGCGCUGCUGCUGGCCGAAGACAUGCACCGGAGGCACCUCCAGCCCACCCUGGUGGCCAGGGAGGGGGUCGACGCAGUGGAGCCAUGCGAGGUUGAAAAUGGCGAAGUGUUUGAAGCAGUGACACGAUGGAGCGCGGAGGAUUGCCAGCAGGCGACUGCUGAUGCUUUUCUCGAACGCGUGUUUCCUUACUCCGGCGCUCCAGUGCUGGGACGCCCUGGUGACGAUGUGGAGACGAAAUUCUCCGUCUCAGAAAGACAGCUGUUGGGUUGCCGAGGAGCCGGUUUUGUUCCCUGGCGCUUUGGGCAUGCUUUGAUCUGCGUUGCGCCGGCAUGUGACACAGAAACCUUUGUGAAGCACAUCGCCUUGCCGAUGUAUUUGGAAACGAUGGGCGCCCCGCUGGGUCCCGAGGACAUGGCCAACAUGAUCGUGCAACGGCUUAGCCACUGGCGAGACAUGAAGGUUGACUUUGUUGUUGCGGGCUUUGAGCGUGGGGGCACCACGAGCAUCAUCAAAUUUUUGCAAGCAGCAGAGGACAUCUACAUGGUGCCGUUUGAACUGUCCGAUUGGGCCCGGGAUUUCAGCACUCCAACAGCGCCUGCUCCUGCAUGCGACGCAGUGGGCUCUCCAAGCUAUUGGAUGCUUGGCUGCUUUGCCAUAUUUGCAUAA